UUCAUCUCGACGGUUGGAAAAACUAUCGAAACAAUUCACCAUAACAACGAAAAUCAAAGCAAAAGGAGGAUCUCAUUCUCUAGAAAAUAAAAUCAUUCGACUUUGUACUGGACAUUCAACAAAAAUUUCGACGCUUCUUGGAGCCGAUAACAUUGACAGACAAUGUCUGGCAUCUUUAAUCUAUUCGGGGGAACAAAUGUGGCCUCCAGGACUCAACAAAAAAUUGGGUCCACUGAUGUGGGAAAGUUCUCGGUGAAGACGAAUGCCUUGGAAGGCAGUGCUGGUCCUCUGAAGCAGGGGGGCAUGCACAAGCCAAAGGGACUUUCCAUUCGACCAAAAAAUGAACUGAAUGUUUGCACACCAUCCCAGAAGACUUCCACUUUGGCCAAGGGCAAGGUCAAUGGGGUUAGUUGUGUUUUGCCUGCUUCAACACCGCGCCAGAAGGCAACCGUGUCUAAGCUUCAAGUGGUUCGUGAGAAGCAAUUAAAAUGUCUCUCGCCAACAUCAAAAUCCCCCUACUUCAAUCUGACCAUCAAGCAAAAAGGAACUGACGAUCUUCUCUUCAAAAAGCCCGUGACACCGAAGAGUAGCGAGAGGACGAAAUUUGUUUAUCCAGAACCUGAGAAUCUCUCCAUCUACACUGACGACGAUCUCGCACCCGCAUACUCAUUGGACAGUGACCUUGAGGCAUUAGAAAUAAUACGCAAGUCUAAAUGUGAAGUACAGAUCGUACCUGAUAGCUUCGACAGUGAUCUUGGAUUGCCAUUAACACCACCAAUGUCACCGGUAUUAUCGUUAAAAUAUGAACUCUCUGAUAUGGGUCUUGAUUUGGAUCCACCAGAUAUGCCAGUGUUCUUGGACAGUGAUGACGAUUGGUAGCUACAACAUAAGAUGAUUCAAAUAUUCGUGAUAAUUCACGGUUCUACUCUUUCAUUCUAUUUUUGACAAUUUCACAAAUAUCUUUUCUCAGUGAAUUUCAAAUUUUCAUUCCCUAUUUAUUUCAAUCGAUCGAUGUAGCUCUGUGAUUUUUUCCUAAAGCACUUAACCCUGACAAAGUUAACAAUAAAAAAGAAGAAUAUAGUUAGUUAUAAUUUAUUUAGCCUCACUGCGUGACAAAGAAAUUUUUCAUUAAAUCACGAAAAGUUCUCUCGAGUUUAAAGCGUGAAUUUUAUAAGAGAAAAUGCAUUCGCUCAAUCGUACAAUCGGGACAUUGCUUCAUGAUUGAGCUCAAUAAAUCAGAAAAUGUUAAUGCCAAUCUGAUUGAAGCAUGAAUCUAAUUGAUAACCGAGAGAAUUAAUAUUAUAUUUUCUCCUCUGGUCAGUGUUCCAUAAUAUAUUGCAUAGUUAUAAAAUAUUGUUAGAAACAACCUGAGAUUUAGGAUUUAAAAAAAUGUUUUGUACUCGCAUUUGUAGACAUUAAUAAAAAAAAUUAUAAUUUUUCUAAAUAAA